AUCAUCUUGAGACAGAGCGACCAGUGAUCCCAGCAAACCCACCAUCGCUCUUUCACUUCCUCCUGAAGCCAACACAGCGAUGUUGGGCAGAUCCUCCUGUAAAGAAUGCAGUAAACACUCAUUAAGCAACUACUGGGAGAACACAAGAACACACCAGACCAGGACAGAGGACGGGUACAGCAACAGAUCUUAAAAGACAUGCAGACAAGCGAGAUGAACGUUUUGCUAGCUGUGUUUUGCGUGGUUAACGUCCUCCAGCUCUGUCGUGGACUAUCCGGCGGAGGAGAAUGCUACUUCAAUGCAAAAGCCAGCUGUGAACACAAAGGCCAUGCUUUUGACAUCGGGGAGUCCUGGAUAAAUGACGAAUGUUUCCAGUGUGUGUGUUUCGAGCCUUUUGGAGUGGGCUGCUGUGAACAUGGAAAGCAGCCAGUCGAUUACCCGCCCUGGUGCGAGGCCGUUAGAAAACCAAAUUCCUGCACAGUUGCUGUGGUGAUGAAGGCCAACCAUAAACUUCCCUGUCUAUUUGGGGGGAAGAACCGCUUGUCAGCAUCAGAUGGGCUGCUGUGGAAAUCAGAGAACGACCCACUCUACUAGACUGAAUUACUGAAUUCACAAAUGCAAAAUAUAAUUUAUAUAUAAGUUAACACACACA